CGUCCGGGCCGCCUCCCGCCGUGGCCAUGGCUCGCAUGUCGCUGGUGCUGCGCCCGCUGCUCCGCUGCAAAGACUUGCUCAUCCUGGUGGGCACCCCCCUGGCCUUCAUGCCACUCCCGCUGCUGGUGCCCACGCCGGAGGCCCGAUGUGGCUACAUAAUCAUUAUCAUGGCCGCCUAUUGGUGCACAGAGGUGCUGCCUUUGGCAGUCACGGCUCUGCUGCCCGCUGUCUUGUUUCCAUUGUUUGGCAUCCUGGAAUCCCAAAAGGUGUGUAUGCAGUACCUGAAGGACACAAACAUGCUUUUUGUUGGGGGCCUGAUCAUGGCCGUGGCGGUGGAGCACUGGAACCUUCACAAACGGAUUGCGCUGAGGGUGCUGCUGACUGUCGGUGUGAAACCUGCUCUGUUGAUGCUGGGCUUCAUGGGGGUCACGGCUUUCCUGUCUAUGUGGAUCAGCAACACGGCCACCACGGCAAUGAUGGUUCCUAUCGUUCAGGCGGUCCUAGACCAGAUGAACAGCUCCGAGCAGGACGUAGUGUUCUCGGAGUCCAACGGUGGACAUGCCAACACCAUCAGUGAACAGGAAAAUAAAACCACAGAGGCAAUGUCACCCAUGCAAGUCAUAGGCAAUGGCUACCUUCCCGGCCAUACCAAAGAGAAGGAUGAACGAACCAGGAAACUAAUCAACAAAGGGAUGACGCUCUGUGUCUGCUACGCCGCGAGCAUUGGUGGGACAGCGACUCUGACCGGGACUGGGCCAAAUCUGGUUCUGAAAGGCCAGAUGAACCAAUUGUUUCCCGACAACGGCGACAUCUUGAACUUCGCCUCUUGGUUUGGGUUUGCUUUUCCCAACAUGAUCCUGAUGCUGGUAUUGGCUUGGUUUUGGCUCCAGUUUUCCUUCAUGGGAUUCAAUUUCAAGAAGACUUGGGGCUGUGGAACCCAAAGGACCGAGAAAGAGAAGUCUGCUUUCAAUGUGCUGAAAGCUGAAUAUGGCAAGCUAGGCCCCAUCUCCUUUGCAGAGUACAACCUGCUCCUGCUUUUCACACUGCUGGUCAUCCUCUGGUUUACAAGAGACCCCGGCUUCAUCCCCGGCUGGGCCACUGUCGCCUUCAAUAAAGAUCACGAGUACGUGACAGAUGCCACAGUGGCUAUCUUUGUUGCCUUGCUGCUGUUUAUUGUUCCUUCCACCAAGCCCAGAUGUGGUUCUGGCAGUCAAAGAAGCUGUGAUCUAGAAGAAGCAGAGGAAGCUUUGAAGGAGCCGUUUCUCCCACCCCCACUGUUGGACUGGAAGACGGUCCAGGAGAAGAUGCCCUGGAGCAUCGUGCUACUACUGGGGGGAGGCUUUGCCCUGGCCCACGGGAGCGAAGCCUCAGGGCUGUCCAAAUGGUUGGGCAACCAGAUGACUCCGCUACACACAAUCCCCGCCUGGGCCAUUUCCAUCAUUCUCUCUCUCGUCAUUGCUGUUUUCACCGAAUGCACCAGCAACGUGGCCACGGCAACCCUCUUCCUGCCGGUUUUUGCAACUUUGUCUCAGUCAAUUGAAGUCAACCCCCUCUACAUCAUGGUCCCUUGCACGCUCAGCUCUUCCUUUGCCUUCAUGCUUCCCGUGGCCACCCCUCCAAACGCCAUUGUCUUUUCAUACGGCCACCUCCGCGUCUCAGACAUGGCAAAAGCUGGAAUUGUGAUGAACAUUAUCGGAGUCAUUUGCGUCACUCUGGCCAUUAACAGCUGGGGCCGUGCCCUGUUCAACCUGGACACAUUUCCGUCCUGGGCAAACGCCACAGGGGGGUAACGAAGGCCAAGGCCCGGACGACUCCAGACAGAGGAUCUUCUCGCCCCGUUGCUUCAUUGCCUUGAGUCUUUUCUUAAGCCCUUAGUCAACCCUAUGGGGUGGGCACUUGUAUCACAUCGUGGCAAAUCCACAGGAGCUCAUUCUACCUGUCCCUAAACCAGAUUUGCUGCGUGUAGACAGACCUCUGAGGAAACAUGUUGACAUCUCUAGGACCAGAAGUAGCCCAACCAUAUAUUUCCAACCAGUCAGGAGAAGAAUACGGGUGACUUUUUUUUUUUAACAUGAAGAACAUUGGAGAAAGAAAUGACUGUGUAAAAAAAAAAAAAGGGACCACAGUAACUGAUUUGACAGAACUCAAACUCAUUAAGACAAUGCCUGUACAGUCCUGGAGCUGAUUAACUUUUUUAUCUGGCCUGGCACGUUAACCAUUGCACAGAUGAGUUCUGGACUAAUCGCAGGCAAGGCGUGGCAGGAAAACCUGCCAAGAAAGACUGUUCCGCAAAUGCAAGGGACAAAUAUUUGGCAAGGGGACCUGGUUUCCUUUUGCACUAGAUGUGGGUCACGUUGGCUAACGCAAUAACCCGGCUUCCAAGAGGAGCCCGUUCUAUAGGAAGUGAAGGGCACUCAAAGGUAAUAGUAGGGAAGCCGACAGACUACGCCUGUUUGGGAGACUCCCCGGGACACGGGACUCGGGUUUCAGGAAUGGAUUGAAAAGUCACGAAAGAGGUUAAAGUUAAAUCUUUACAGGCGGUCUGCAGCCAGAAAUCUUGGGAGCAAAUAAUCCCAAGGGUACCUGGGUGGGGGAGUAAAUGCAGAAAAGUAGAAUGCCAGUUGCUUGGUGGGGGUAGCAACUUUGGCCUCUGUGUGCUUUCUUCUGGGGCCUCUGGUUACCCACUGUGGGAAACAGAACUACCCUGUUUCCCCGAAUAUAAGACAUCCCCGGAAAAUAAGACGUAGUAGAGAUUUUGCUGAAGUGCAAAAUAUAAGGCAUCCCCCAAAAGUAAGACGUAG